GUCCGCUCCCAAACAUGUCGUCUCCGCCUCCCAUCACGUGGCAGGCGGCCGCGGCCGCGCCAUCAAGGACAAAAUCGACCUCUUCGAAACAAGCUCCAAGAAAACCCCGAGCUUGUCAAGACUACGCAGCUCCGACAACGUAAACUCCUCCUACUGCGAACCUCUGACCCAUCACAACAACAGUGAUAAGGGUCUUGGACCCUCGCUGCCUCGUCAUCUCCGUACUUUUUCUCUGCAGAGCAUCGAAGAAGGACUAACGCUGCUUCGAGGGUCGACGAUGAAUCAAGACCUGAAUCAGCUCAGAUUGAAGGCUGACGAGCUGGAGAGAGUAUUUGCCGAGCAUAAGAGGAGAGUUAACGUGGAUACAGAUCGUGCGGCGCCAAGUACAGUGAAUGGCUGUGAGAGGGGGAGAAUGUAUGAGAGGUAUAUGGAGAAGAGAAGCGCGAGGAGAAGAGAAGAGUUGGGGAGGAAUAGGGAGGAGAGGGCGGCGGAGAUGGGGGGGAUGUGGGAGAGGCUCGAGCAGAUGGCGAAGAAUUAUCAGAUAACAGUUUCCAUGCUUGCUGAAGACAACGAAGACAUACAAUCCACUGACAGUUCUUCCAACAGCACCAACGCAAAAAUGCUCAAAUCAAGAACUACAUCAUCCUCAACUUAUCGGACCUCAUCCUCUUCAGUCCCUAAACCUUCAUCCAAACCUCUAAUGUCUCGUUCUUUAAGAGGCGAAUUCAGAAAGGAGAACACAAAGCCUCAAGUUCAACCAAAUAAAAUCCCUCGAAGCAAAAGCACGAGUUCAGGCACCAACAACUCGUCAUCUUCAUUGAGAAAAAGCUCGGUUGCUCCUCUUACACCAAUAAAGACUACUAAGGAGCAAAUUGGGCGAAAUUCAAGGAUCGAUCAGCAACUAGACUCUCCUACUGAAAGUACAUCUUCUACUCGAGCGAGAAAGAAAUGGGGUAUCGUCGAGAAACCUGUACUUGUUCCUGAUGGAUCAGGUACAAAAGGGUUGAAGAGGUUUCUGCACUUUGGGAAGAAGAGUAGAGAAGCUUAUCGGGUAUUGGGUGCGGAUUAUGAUACUGAAGUUGGUUGUGGUCUGGUAUCGGAGCAAACAAGGGGUUUGAACGUGGAUUGCGCAUUUGAUGCUUAUGAUGGUUUCAGUUACAGUGAGGGAAUGAGCAUGCCUGAACAAGUUCAAACCCCACGAAGAAGACCGAUACCUACUCCCGCACAGUCCAAGUUGAGGAAGGAUCAUUUAUCAGAAAUCUCCCCUAGAUCACCUCGGUCUUUCUUUUCUCUCUCAACUUUUCGAAACAAGGGAAUUGAAUCCAGGCUUAGGUGAAAAAGAAUGAAGUCUCACUGUCAAUCUCACUAGAAUGCUAGCAUAUGGAAUUCUUAUGACAAUGUUAGAAAUCUGAUGUACCUCUAGGAUUUGUAUAGCUUUUGUAAUGCAGAAUUAUUAUGCCGGUUUUUAUAGCUUUUGUAAUACAGAAUUAUUUUGCCACUUUACUAGUUAGA